AGUGAAACAGAGACAGAGGAGACGGAAGUGAGCCACACACUCUGCGUCCUCGCCUCACCAGGAAACUACUAAAGUUCCUGGGGAAGCAAAGUAGAAUUUCAUAAGAACAAAAUGGAUGGAGAGGAGAAAACCUAUGGUGGCUGUGAAGGCCCUGAUGCCACGUAUGUCAAAUUGAUAUCAUCUGAUGGCCAUGAAUUUAUUGUAAAAAGAGAACAUGCAUUAACAUCAGGCACGAUAAAAGCCAUGUUGAGUGGCCCAGGUCAGUUUGCUGAGAACGAAACCAAUGAGGUCAAUUUUAGAGAGAUACCUUCACAUGUGCUAUCGAAAGUAUGCAUGUAUUUUACCUACAAGGUUCGCUACACUAACAGCUCCAUCGAGAUUCCCGAAUUCCCAAUUGCACCUGAAAUUGUACUAGAACUGCUGAUGGCUGCGAACUUCCUAGAUUGUUAAAUAAAAUAAAUUAUAAUAAACUGUUAA